CUGUCAUUUGUGGAUAUUGUUGAAAUGUAGGAGGAAAAAUUACUUAUUACUGGUGCAAAAAUGAAUUCCCCGAGCUCUGCAGCUACCAGAUUCGCAGAUUACUUUGUAAUCUGUGGGUUGGAUGUGGAAUCGGGCCUCGAACCGGAUCAGCUUGCUGGUGAUAAUUUGCAUUGCGUACCUCUAGAAAGGCCCUUCAAAGCCAAAAGCCUUGCCCACUACCCUGAAAAUGUGCCGUGGAAUCCAUUUGACAAGGCAGCGGUGGGGAUGCUGUGCUAUCCCCGUGGUGUGUCCUUCAGAAUUGAGGUCCAAGAGAGGCCAUCGCGAUUCCAUUCUUUCCUCAUCACAAAAGAGGAUGGCUCACGGACAUAUGCGGGAUGCUAUACAUUCUAUGAAGAAGUUGUCAACUCGGAAAUAUGUGCUGCGAUGCAGACUCUACAUGCCAUGCACUUGGCUGAACUCAGCAACGAUCAAUCUAGAACAUUAUACUCCCACCUCGGACCGGUUCAUGAACGGAGCCCAAAAUCAAAGCAAAAGCAUGGCGUGAACAUGGCAAAUUUUUAUGACAUUAGCAAGGACACACUCUAUGUCACGAAAUGUAUAUGCAUACUGUCUCAAAUGCCGUUUGUCACAUCAAUAAAGGAAUUUCUCUCGACUUUACACAGUGCUGUGAUUGGCAGAGAGAAGCCACCCUUGCCUCUUGAGAGUUAUGUUUAUAACAUACUGUACGAAGUGCCACUGCCACCACCGGGGAGGAGUAUGAAGUUCUCUGUGCUGAAUAAGUCAAUCUACUGCCAAAGACCAGGUAUAAGUGAGCUGCCGUUCUUCGAAUACUCCUUACAAGAGCUAUUUUCAUUGAUUGGCAUAGAGAAUGUGCUGCAAGUUUUCACAAGUUUCUUACUGGAGCACCAGAUUCUACUCUAUUCAUGUGACUACCAUCAACUGAUGCUUGUAGCAGAAGGGAUCAGUUGCCUCAUCUUCCCCUUUCAAUGGCAGCACGUCUACGUACCAAUUCUCCCUGCCGCAUUGACGCAUUUCCUUGACGCCCCUGUACCAUUCGUCAUGGGUCUUCACCACUGUGGUGAAGAUAGAUCUCAAUUACAGCUGCCAAGUGAGGCCAACAUGUGCUUUGUUGAUAUCGAUAACAAGGUGGUGGACACGCCAGAGGAUCUGCCCACAUUUCCAAACAUUAACGAAUUACGAGAAGAGGUGACGGAUGUGUUUGUGAAAUAUCUUGUGCCUGAUACUAAUACCUCAUUGGACAGUGAGAACAAUGCCGUGGCAGCAGAGUUACCGUUAGACUAUAAUACAAAGUAUUACCGUGAUAGUCUGAAGCGUCAUAAUAAAAACGGUAAUAAAAAUGAGCCAGGGAAUGCAGCAUCAAGUCGCGAGGGGCGUAAGUCGAGCAUUCCGCAGAAUCGGUACGAGAUACUUCAACAAAGCGAGGCAAUGCAAAAGGUUGCUGCCAUCGCGAAAAAGACUGGUGUGAUAUCAUCUUUAGACGAUGUUCAUGACGAUCUCUCAGGUGAUGAUGUUGGUAAUGCCAACGAACCAAAAAAGGCCAACGCCAACGAACAAAAUAAUCAAAAUAAUAAUAACAUGGAAAAGACAUGUUUAGCAGGGAUGGUUUUCAAUAACGCAAUGCGGGAGAUUUUUCUAAAUCAUCUCGUGUACAUGUUUAUAUCGUAUGAAUCAUUUGUGAUACAGCCUUCACAGGACAUGGAGUCUUGGUUAACGAAUCGAGAAUCCAUGCAAAACUUUGACAAAGCAGCAUUUUUGAGUGAUCAACCAGACACGUAUCUACCGUUUCUGUGCCCGUUUCUGGAAACACAGAUGUUCACGACGUUCAUUGACAAUAAGAUUAUGUCGCAGUGGGAGGACCCUGAGCCAAGCUUACGGUUGUUCGAGGCACGCAUGAAAGCAAUCAAGGAAUCGAAUGGAGAACUCAGGACGCACCAGUAUUCUCGGUGUAUAAACAUCAGGGAUUCAGAAGCCCUCCUGGAGAAACGAGCAGCAGUCAUCGAUCACAUUGCAAUAGAACCCCACGCACUUGACACUAAGUCAAGCCCUACAACCCACAAGAGAGGAUUCUUCCCCAAGCUUGAUUCAAAUUCAUUGAAUAGGGAACCAGUAACAAACAGAUCUGCACGACGAGGGAGCGCGAGUUGGAGACGGAAGGACAGACUGUUUCAACAUACACAACAUCUUGGCCUCAAUUCAGAUCAGAGAGAGUAUGCUUUAGCUGAGAAACAUGCGAGGCUCUGGCUUAAAUACAUCCAGGAGGCCCGGAGCAAGAGUGUUCGGCAACCGAAGCUGUCAGACAUGGCCCCCGCUGCUAUGUCACAGACAAACUGGAAAUUUGUUGAGACGCUCCUGAAAGAAUGCAAGGCAAAGACAAAACGUAUGGUUGUGGAGAAGAUGGGACAAGAAGCUGUGGAACUUGGACAUGAUGAGGGAACCGUGACGGGCGUCGAGGAGAACACACUCAUUGCAGGUCUGUGCGAUCUGUUGGAGAGGAUAUGGAGUCAUGGACUUCAAACAAAGCAGGGAAAAUCUGCCCUCUGGUCUCAUCUCCUGAACUAUCAAACGGUAGAGGAAUGUAAAGACACUAGUAAACCUAUUGACCCUAACUUCCUAACACCAGGACAAGGCAGAGAGGUUGUUAUAAGCAUCGUCGCCAUGGGUUGCCCAGUUCGAUGCCAAAUAAACCAUCAGACAGUGUUUGAUGCCCAGGAUUUCACUGAGGCGAUCCGGGGGCCGCCGCGUCAUAGCCCACUCAGUGGACCAGCAGGCCCAGUGGUCAUUCUAGAUCGGGUGAAAACCCUCCUCCCUUGGGGCAAUAUGUACCGGUAUUAUCAGGAUCUGAUAAAAAGAGAGUGGACUGACUUGACAUGGUAUAUUUCUGCCAUGGCACUCGAAGCAGAGAUCCCAGAUCAGGAGAAGAAGCUCCACAGGAGGAAGCACAGUCGGAGUCCUGAACCUCCGACACUAAAACCUCUGCCAACUGGAUUGGUCUUUGAUAUGAAGAAUGUGCAGAAGAUGUCUGAAAUCAAGACUGAUGUUGGCUACGCCCGUGCCUGGGUUAGAUUAGCAUUAGAGAAGAAAGUGUUGUCAACCCACCUGAAGGAGCUGCUCUCUGACGGUGAUUUGCUCAAGAGUCUCUACAAACGUUAUGCAUUCCUGCGUUGUGAAGACGAGAGAGAACAAUUCCUGUACCACUUGCUUGCCCUGAAUGCGGUUGACUACUAUGCAUUUACGAAUUCAUUUGUCAAGACAGUGAUUCCAUAUCGCCUCAUCAUCUGCCCUGGUAAACGGUUCAGUGCUGCCUCGACGACCACUGCCAACGUAUGGAUGUAUCUGUCUGGACAGCUGGGAGAGACGGGCAUCAUUCACUUACCACGCCAUUCCCUCGAACAUGGCUUUGAGCACAAAAACCUUGGUGUCCUAACAACGUUGCGGGUGGGGCACGACAACACUGGUAUGUCACCAAAAUGGAUCAUAGACUAUUUGCUCAUGAGGAACGAGGUGACAAAUCAUACGUAUCGAUUCCCCUGCGGGCGGUGGCUGGGCAAAGGCAUCGAUGAUGGCAGUUCAGAGAGACUUCUUGUGGCGGAGCAGGUACCGCCCAUGGCCAACUAUGACACAGAACCAGAGUGGACGGGAAGUCUCCCAAGAAGUAUGAUGCGUACACGAUCACCAAGUGCAUCCCGGCGUGGCAGUGAGGUGAUGUUGACCAUUCCGCAGAUACAGGAACUCCUGGGAGACAGUGUCAACAGUAUAGUCAAACACUUCUACAAGCCGGAGAAGGAGAGAGGGAGUCUUACGAUACUCCUAUGUGGGGAGAACGGCAUUGUCCCUGGUUUGGAGAGGAUGUUCCAGUAUGGCUUCAAAUCAGCAAGACUCUUUCGUAACAAAUUCUUCAUCUGGGACUACUUGGAGAAAAUUCAGACCUUCUUUGAGACAUUGUUGUACGAGGAUGUUGAGAGAGAACUUGAUGAGCGCCGGCGUCGAGCAUACAUGUCAUAUAAACAUGUCAUGUCACGUAUCAACGCCUCGACACAGUCGAUCGGCAAAGAUGGGAAAUAUCAAGUUUUUAUCUGUAUCGCUAUAAGGGAUCAGAUGCUAACUAAGUGGUUACCAGCGAUGGCCGAAACGCCCGUGACACAGAGUAUGUACGAAGAACAAUCAUUCUUACGUGAUCCACAGCUUCUAACAUUUGUUAUCCAUAUCCUCGAUUCUCUAAAAGAGUUCAAUAUCACUCUUGAGGCAUCACUGACCAAGGGAGUCAACAUUUGAAUAUCUGUUAAGUCCCACUGCAUGCAAUUUCACUGUAUAUUCAUCACAUAUGCAGAAGUAAAGUAGCACCUUCUAGCCAUUGUGAAUGACUUCAAAAUACUGGCCAGGCACCUGCUGUAAAAAGUCGACUGUCACUGUAGCAUGAAUGAGAUGUGAUGCAUGACUUCCUUAAUGUCAGUGAAUAUAAGCAUUUAUGAUAUUGAAUACAGUGGAAAUUUAAGAGCUUCUUGGUCUGUGAGAUGAUGCAGUUCUUAGAGGCUGUUUUCAAAUCACUUAGAUGUGCUACAUGUAAUCAUGACCGAAACAAACUGUACAUUGCUCCAGACGGGCAUUUUCAAAAUCAAUCAGUGGUAGGAUAUGGCUUAGUUGCAAUCUUCAGAACAUUUUACCCAAGACGUUGGGUCUGCAGUGGUCAGGUAACUUAAAACUCCUGGCCCAUCUCCACCAAAUCAUUUAUUGCCGUGAUUUAUGCUCAGUGCACAGGCAUAUGUGCUGUACAUGUUCAUACCAACAAUGAAACAGUUGAGCUAUUGGCUCUAAUCCACUGGGUGUGGAAAUAAGGUGUCAACUUGCAAAUCACUGCUGUUAGCAUUUACUUGGUGGUGAAGGGCCUUGAGUCUGAUAGGUCGCAUAAUUCUCUGGAAAGUCUGUGUUUUUCUGAUGUUAUUAUAGUUGAUGAACAAACAUGUACAAAGUGGAUAUCAUUGUGUUGUGCUUUUGUAUCAGCUUCAACCUUCUGUUGUGAAACAAGUUUAGCCCUUAAAAGUAUGUAUUGCUGUACAUCUUUUUUCUAAACAUUUUACAUGACUCUCAAGUAUGUCGUUUGAUAGAAAUUUUGACCCCAAUGUUGUCUGAGCAAUAUGAUCAUGGUCUCUUAAAAUCUGUUUGUUAUUUGGCCAAUUCUGACAGGCAGUGACUUGUAUCAUAUAUUCAGCUGUAUACAUUGUAAUGUAUUGGACUUUGCUAGCAGUUAGGGGCAUUUGGAAACCGCUCACCUGCGAUUUUGCUUCAGUAAGAAAUCUCUUAUCAGAGAGGUUUUCUUUGAUGUAAAUUAGACAGUUGGAGUGAAGCAUAGAGCAUUGUGUAAUCUAAGGUGACGAGCGUUGACCACCGUAAAUGAGCAAUGAUCGUUGCAUACCAUUCAAAUCUUUGCCAAAUAAAUAGUGGUUCUUGUUACCCAGGUGUUGUCUUGGAAACGUCACUGGAUGAUAUUCCGUGUUUAGAAUGUGUCUUUAUUAAAUUAUUCAAUUUUGUGGUUCUUGUUGGGUGGAUGUUACCAUGAGAUUGUUUCAUAGCUUAUUACUCUGGAAGAUUCAUAUUUCCACAAUGUGGUAUUACUAUGAAGGCCAUACCAGUAAUCAAAUGUUUUAACAAUUUGGGAUUUCUGCAAUUAAGGUAUAUCUUUAGGAUGCAUAUGCUUCAUUUGUUAUUGUCACCACCUUUAGUUAAAAGUUCGGUAAGAACCUUGAUAAAUUGUGGGUCAGGAAAUAGAAGUCCAGUUAUACACAAUGCCAUAGUGCAUUUAUCGUGCAUACAACUUUGCUGGAACUUGAUAUAUGUAAUAUUUGUAUGUCUGUCUACGCAAUGGCAAUGUUGAAAUUCAUAUUCAGUAUGUACAUUGUAUUAUUAUUAAUGCAAAUGUUCAAAUUCAGUUUCAAAUUUCAAAUUUUUAACGAAAACAGCAAAUGCCUUUAAUACUGGUGUGAGAGUUUGGGGGGGUCAGGUUUAUGGAAGAGCAUCUUGAUAACGAUUUUCUUAUUCCAAUCAUUGCAUGCCAAUACUCACGUUUGAUUUAAGCUUUCUGUUACGAAAUGUUUACAUUCACUGUGGUUAGUAUUUGUGAUUUGUUUGUGGAUGGUGCAACAUUUGAACUGCCUGUACAGAUAAUUAUCUACAGAAUAAAUAUUUUGAAAUAAA